AUGAACGCGUCUGUCGCGCUGGAACUCGUGAAGGUCCACGGCAACGAGGAAGGGAUUGACCGCGACCGUCAAAGCGACGAGGAAAGGGGCGAGCUUUCGCUCAUACCUCUGACCGAAGUGUUGGGUAAAGCGGAACCCCUGAUCCAGGCUACAGAGCACAGCCCGCUGUCCAUGCUUGAACGGUUGAAGGCCAAAGCAGGAGAGAGUUUUGAGCGUGCCCACGAUUGGCAGCUUCAGGAGUGGGCUCAAAAGAUCGAUGCGUAUCGUGCUGGGCAUCCUGACUGUACUGUGGAGGACGAGGUUGAGCACCUGCUGACGAUAAACCCGGAUGCUCGUACGCUGGCGAAGGUUUUUCAUCGGUUUCGAAAGGUGGAUGGCAUGCAAAGUCGUGCUGAUGAACUGCAGCGAGCGCUGGUUGCGAAAAACGAAGAUGUCGCACGUGGCAUGAUUGCUGUAUGGCUGAAAGACGGAGUGGACCCUGACGUAGUCUACAGUAUGCUGCCUAUCGCAUUGAAGAAGCCAAGUGCAGACAGCAUGGAAGCAGAGGCCGUCAAAGAGUGGCUUUUGACAUGGAUAAAGUAUGUCGACAAGCACGCUAAGCUUGGUGGCUCGUACGACGACGCUGCCACAGUGACGAAACUGGUGGAUGAGUGGGGGGAAAAAGAGUCGGUGGAUUUCUUGCUCAGUCUUCACAAUACUGGUAUCAAACCUCGCAUCGACCGCUUAACGGGUACGCUGGGUGAGAAGCACCCGGAUACCCUGAAGUUGAUGUUUGAUGUGUGGCUGAAGUCCAACACGGAUCCUGUCGUCGUCUUCGACAUGAUGCCUAUUGGAACGAAAGGUUAUCUCACGAAUGGUCGUGUGAGGUCGACUGGAACGGAUGGUCAUCUUACGAGUGGUCCUUCCGCGCCUACUGGAACGGAUGGUCAUGUCGAAAGUGUGCUCCAACGUAGCGAAUUGUGGGAUGAGAUCAAACUCGACCUCACUCAGUGGUUGGAGUAUGAUGUGGUGCUAGGCCUAAAACGCAUUGUCGAGGCAGAGAAAAAUAACGUCAAAGGACCUUGGGGUCUAUUCGAUCCCGCACCCUUUGUGGCAUCUGUGCUGGUGCAAUUUAACGCACCAAAAGACGUUGUGGGUUUUGUUGAACAUCUCCGACGUUCUGAAGAUUUGAAGACUAUAGUUUUUGAGAUGGAGCGAAAGAUAUUUUCCGGACCUUUCCCUGAAUACCCACCUUUGUUUUAUGAAAAGUGGGCGGAGAUAAAGUUGAAACCUUUAACCGCAUACUACUCGAUGCCCACUGCAAACCUUAAUAAGUACAACUCAAUGAGACCACCUGCCGAAGGUGUUUUGGAGAACCAUUGCAAUGAUUUCAAGCAGUUUCUGCAGUACGUUGACGAUGAACGUGUUACGUUCGUUAACGAUAAAGACAAGAGUGUCAAGAAAGACGAGAGUGUCAAGAAAGACGAGACCGUGAUCGAAGUACUUCUGAAUAAUUGGAAAGAGACGACUGAACUGGAAGCUUUUCUUAAUGAGUUUGGGAAACGUGGAAUGGAGGAUCGCUCACGCCGACUGCUGAAAGCGCUGGAUGCUCGUGUAACAACGCCCCCUGCACCUAAGCAAUUGUCGCCCGAGAAACUCAAAGCGCUUAUGCCACGGUCUUCAGCUACACGCUAA